AUGCAGUUGAUAAGUAAGCUUAAUCGUCAGGCAAAUCAAACGGAUAUGCUUUUCGCCAAGGGAAAAGUCCCCUGGAAGGAAAGUAGCGUGACUAUACACGGAAUGGUGCUUGCAGCAGGGAUCUUUCUAAACUCGAAUGCACACGUGAAUGUGUGCCUUACUUGCUACAGGAUUUUACGUGGUACAUGGUCGACAACAACACAACUACUUGUCCAGUCGGUGGAGUGUUUCUCUCCGGGAGUUGCAUUAGAGAAACGAGCCAAUUUCAAUGGCUUAAGGGCGACUCUUAAUAUGGUGUGGAGUACAAAACAAGCCUUUGAAAUAAGGAGCAUUGGGCAGAAUAGUUUCCAGUUCAUCUUCCAGAAUGAUGAGGAUAGGGCUAAAGUUUUACAGGGGAAAACCUGGACAUUUGAUGGGCAGUACAUAUUGUUGAAGAACUGGAGUCCAGAAGGAGUAGAUUUCUCAGAGGAAGAUGAAAAAGUGCAGCUCUGGGUUCAGAUUCAUCAACUUCCUCUACAUUGGUUGGGAUAUGAAUCAGGAAUAAUGAUUGGCAAGCUGAUAGGAAAAGUCCUUGAUGUCUACAAGUGCUGGUGGAGGUUAAUCUUAAAGAACCUCUGCCACUCUGAGAGACACAGUCUGGUCAAGAAGAAGGAUGUAAGCUGUAAUGUGCUAAGAGUAGGGCAGCUUAGGGAUUGGCUGAGGGUUUAUUUCUCUAGCUGGUCUGAUUCUAAGUCUUCUAGGUCUAACCAAGAGGACAGCAACCCUAGUGGGGAUGUUACCAAACCUGCAAACCCUACUGAUAUUAUCCCUUACCAGUCUAAGGAAGGUAGUGUCAGUGCUAACAGUAGUGGGAUGGGGGAGAAGGGUAGUACAGAGAGUGAGAGAGUAGAGGAAGGGCAGGGUAGUGGAAGUAAAAUUGGGUCUGAUUGCUUCUCCUGGCAUUAUGGAAACCCAGGCUCAGGAUCUUUCCUUCAGCAUUGA